GCAACGCUGCUGGUCGGGAGCAGAAAAAACAAGUUCCGUUCGUCUAGGAUUUGGCAUAUUAUACCCGUGGUUAUUGACAACAAUUGACAUGUGGAUACUAUUGACACGAUAAUAACAUCAUCGUUGACAACCUGCUUAAACAUGUACCACUCAGACCACAGAGUCAAUUUCCCUGACCUCUCCUUCAGCAUUCCAGGCCCUGGAACUUUGGGUUUAGCAUCUAACCACUGAACCAACUCCCUGUCCGAUACCCCUCCACAUAUCAUAUACCCCUACCCCUGCCCCCUGUCUGAACCCCUAUACCCGGGUACACCCAGGGACCAUGGACAACCCCCCCAAGCUGUCUGGCGAGACCCUGAUCGUUCACCACAUCCCCCUGGUACACUGUCAGGUGACUGGUGGGCGGCAGGGCUGUGGUGGAGGAGGGGGGUCCCUGAAGAGAUCAAACCCUUUCAGCUACCCAGAAACCCUGGGCUUGAGCCGCACCACCUCCCUUCCUGAGCAGGAUGUACUCCAGAGGGAAGCUCUGGUGUACAGCAGCCUCAUCCAGACCUCCACAGGAGGAGGAGGCGAUGGAGAGGGAGGAGGAGGAGGAGGAGGAGGGAGAGGAGGCAGCACGGGGAGCGAUGAUUCAUCGGUGACAUCCAGUAACUGCGAGGACCAGGUGAUGGUGAUGGUGGCCCACACUAUGCCCAGGGUGAAGCCAAGAGAACAGGUCAACAACCCACUCCGGCUCCGUCACAACCCUUUUCUGCUCAACACGGAGGAGGAUGAUGAUGAUGAGGAGGAGGAAGAGGAGGAAGAUGAUGGUGAUAACCUGAACGGUUAUUUGGAAGACUCCUCCUUUCAUCUCCAUGGCGAUAUAAACUCCGCCCUGGACGAGGAGGGAGACGGGAUUGCACCCUUUCAUCUCCACGACCUGGGGUCCACCACACACAAGCCCUUCCUGUUGCACAGCACCCUGGGUAAGCACUCUUGGGGCUGCUCAGGGAGGCUGGACUCCCUUAGGGGCGUGUCCUCUGAUCUCUCCACCCACCUGGAGGGCCUGGACCUGCUGGGAUUGGACAGUCCACGUCGCCACGGCAGCAGUGGCUCCACCCUCUCCAUGGACUGCGGAGAGCAGGAGUGGGGUGAGGAUGAGGAGGAGGAAGAGGAUCAUCCAAUGAGGGGUGGGGGACGGGGCAAUAGCCAAGCUGACUCCUCCUCUGGCUCUGGCGCCGCCCACCAGCGCUGCUCCUGCUGCGGCCUCUCCCAAACUUAUCUUGAACAUUUCCCGGAACCGUUUUCAGAGUCGUCGGAACGCCAGCUGGGCUACGCCAGCGACUCUUCCUGUAACAGCUCAGAUGGCGUGCUGGUUAACUUCAGCGCCAUCUAUAAUAACAUGAACAACAGCAUCCCGGCAACCUCUACCAAGCCGCCACCUCUGGCCACCACGACCACCAACCUCAACAGCUCCACCGACCAAUCUUGCUCUUCCUCUGUCUGCAUCUGCUCAGUGCUGGAUGAGGAGGCAGGGAGUCGAAGAGGCUCCGGAGGUGGGGGGGCUUUCUACCUAGACCUCCACACCUCCCCCACCGAACCCCCCCACCUCCACUCUCAACAACCCCCCUGCCCCUCCAGCAACACCCUGCCGUUACUCAUCGAACCCUACUCUCACCCUCACCCCACCACCUCCUCCUGCACCUGCUCAGCUGAACACCAGGGGGCUCUAGACCUGGACUCCAACUGUAACUCCUAUCACCCCCCCCACUCCGACUCAGGAAGUGACCUCAUGUCCUGUCUGCGGAGCCAGGCGCGUCUGGUGGUAACCACCCAGAACUACUAUAAGCUGGUGACCUGUGACCUUUCUUCUCCGUCGCCCCCGAGCCCUGCGGGAAGCUCCGCAUCGGUUGCCAGCUGCUCUGAUGAGCACAGCAAGGAUAGCCCUGCCCCUGACACGCCCACUGCCACCCAGCCAACCGAAUACUACCUGUUCAGGCGGCCACCGGGAGGAGAGGAGGAGGAGGAGGAAGAGGAGGAGGAGGAGGAAGAGGAGGAGGGAGGAGAGUCAUCACAGCGUGAUGAAGAUGAGGAAGAAAAUGAUGAAGACGAGCAGGACGGGAAGAAGAGGAAGCAGCAGCAGCAGAUGGGUGGAGCCUGUUCAGACCCAAUCAUUGAGGGCCAGGUGUACGUCAACAUCUCCCCUCCUGUGGUUGGCCGAGGACCCAUCGGAGGAGGGCCCAGCCGCCCCCGUUCCCGUAGCUACGACCGGAACCUGGACAUGUCCCCGCCCCCUCGGCUCGGCUCAUUGGAGCGCAUGCUGAGCUGCCCUGUCCGUCUCAGUGAGGGCACCGCCCCCCUGGGCCCGUCCCCUCUGCCGCGGGUCACGUCCUUUGCAGAGAUUGCCAAGAGCAAGAGGAAAAAUGGAGGAGGCACGGGCUCUCCUUCUCUCAGGAUGGGGGGAUGUUCAGAUCCCUUCUCCUCCACCCACUCGGCCCACUCCCACUCCUCGGCCGACUUCUCCCCCAUCCUGGAGGGCCUGGGUCAGGGUCCGAGCCACAGUUUGCCCUUCCAGCGCUGCUACAGCCAGGGCAGUGUGGACCGCCACUCACCUGGUGGUGGCGUCAGAGAGACACGCUCCAAGGCCGAAGGUGGUCUCUCCAGCUCUUCAUCCAGCUCAGCAGUGGUGCGUUACACUAAAGACCAGCGUCCCACCACCCUCCCCAUUCAACCCUUCACCUUCCACCACCAGUUCUCCAAGCCGCCCCAGCCCCUGCUUCCCUUGCUGACAGGCUACGUCUCUGGGAUGCAGGCCCGGGGUGGAGGGCCUUCUGGAGGUCCAGAGGGGGGUGAAGGCGCCAACGACCCAGGGGAAGACUCGAUGCGUUGGUGCCAGGGUAGUGGUGGUGAUGGGAUGGUGUCAGCAGUGGCUAGCCUUGGUCCUGGCUCGGUCCGGCCCUCGCCACUGGGUAGCUAUUCCCCGGUCCGCCUCCAGGGAGCGACAUCCAGCUCAGGGACCUGUUCUACCUGUACUCCCAGCCCCCAGCCAACCCGUAGCCUCUCCUGCCCCCUCUCCACCGGGCUCCUGCCCCUUCACCAUACCCCUUCACCAGCGGCACCUGCCCCUCUGCCACCCACACCUCCGCCCCCAACAUUGGGGGUGAAGCGGGGUGCGGUGCCCCCCAUGUUGCCUCCGGUGCAAGGCCAGGUGCAGGGUCACCACCACCACCGUGGGACCCUGCCCACUUUACUGGCCGUUCCCCAGGACAGUGAGACUUCACUGGGAUACGAGGAGACGACAUUAGACUCCCUGGAGGGGAGCAGAGGACCAGGGCUCAGGACACAACAUGGGCACCACCUCUCUCCACAGACUCUGAAAUGGAGGGAGUAUCGUCAAAAGAACCCAUUAGGGGUGGAGAGGUGUUCCUUGGGGGGCUCUGCAGGGUCAGGCGAUCCGCCUCUAUCAGGCAGUCUGGACGGGAACGGUCGUAGGGGCGGGGCCGUUGGUCAGCGAAUUACACGACGGAACGUGUUUGACUUCCCUCCGGCCUCUAGUGGACACACCCCCCUGGGACGACUCAAUGGCCAGUCUGUGAAGCAGCUGCAGCAGUACUACAGUGACUUCCUGCCAGACUACUUUUCCCUGACCGAGCGUCCUCCAGAAGAGUUCUGUCUCUCUCCGGAUGCCUCCUCUUCCUCGUCAUCCUCCUCUUCCUCACAGUCCCACAUCGCUGUAGACCUGCAGCAGAAGAGAGGUUUAGUCAAAGCCAUCAAUACAGCGGUAGAUUUAAUCGUAGCUCAUUUUGGCACCAGUCGGGACCCUGAUGUGAAGGCGAAGCUCGGUAACAGUUGGGUGAGUCCCAACGUGGGCCACCUGAUCCUGAAGUACCUGUGUCCGGCUCUAAGGGAGGUGCUGGGGGAUGGGCUGAAGGCCUACGUCCUGGACCUGAUCAUCGGACAGAGACGCAACCAGCCCUGGAGCCUGGUAGAGGCCUCCACACAACUAGGCCCAUCCACCCGUGUUCUCCACAGCCUGUUCUCCAAAGUGUCCCAGUACUCAGAGUUCACCAGCCACAGUAUGAGACUCAACGCAUUCAUCUUCGGACUGCUCAACUUGCGAUCUUUGGAGUUUUGGUUCAAUCACCUCUACACUCAUGAAGACAUUGUAGCGACCCACUACCACCCAUGGGGUUUCCUGCCGUUGUCCCAGAGGCCCUGCCAGCCUCUAUUUGAGGAGUUCCUUCUCCUCCUGCAGCCUCUAUCCCUGUUGCCCUUUGACCUUGACCUGCUCUUUGAGCCCCGAUUGGUCCAGAAGGGCCAGGAACACCGUAGACGCAAGGAGCAGCUCUGCUCCGCCUCCACCGGCGAGGACCUGGACCAAUCAGCACGCUCCACCUUCCAGCUCAUGAGGGGGUGGAGCACAGAGUCACGGAGGGCGGAGUCUAUGAGAGAUAAAAGGGAAGGGAGCGGGGUGGGGAAGAGAGAGAGGCUGGGUCUGAGACGAGAGGGAACAUGGCCUAGGAUGGAAGGGGUUGGAGAGAGAAGGAGUAGAGAAGGGAUGAUGCAGAGGACAGGGUCUAGGAGAGAAGGGGCGGGGAUGGAUCGUUUAGGAGCAGGACUUUUAGAAGCACAGCCAAUGACGACGGAAGUAGGGACAGGGUUUGCCAAUCUGUGGAGGGAGAGUGGGAGGGGGAGGGGCAUAGUAAAGAGAGCAAAGGGAGUGGGAGGAGAGAGCCAGAGGGAAGGGGAAAGUGAGGGAGGGAAGGAGGAGAGGAGGAAGGAGAGAGAGAGGGAUUGGGCGGAGGAGGGUCGUCAGCGGCAGGAGCGUGAUCGCCAGGCGUGCUGGUGGUACCAGCUCAUGCAGAGUUCCCAGGUCUACAUCGACCAAUCAGCUCAGGGGGGCUCAAAGUUUGUCAAGACUGAGAAGAGGAAGAAGUCUGCGGAGAGGCGGAGCCAGCUCCCGCCCCCCAGGGAGGGCGUGCUGGAAGGGGCGGAGUCUAGCCAGGAUGAGGAGGGUCUCAGAGAGAGAGGGAGAAGCAGGAAGAGCAGCUCCAGCUCCAGUGGUGAGUGGACGGGGUCCAGGGGAAGAGGGAGACUCUCCUGGAUGGGGAGUCCCCCAGAGUCGCUGCUCACCCAGGACAAGGAGAACGAGACGGAACUGGGGGCCCCAGUGACAGGAGCACCAGAGGCCUCAGUGGCCCAGCCAGCGGCCCAGGCUGAGUGUCCCUCCCAGGGCCAGGGCAUGCGUUGGGGUAGGCUGUUUGGGUCCAGCAUAGGAGGUGGUGGCACCCCCUCCAGGCCAGAGCAGAGAUCAGCCAAAAGUCAGAGCAGGCUGCCGUCCGGCUGGCUGACAGGUCUGGACAUGUCCGUGCUGGACCUCGUAGCUCAGACGGUGGGGGUGGGGACAGGUAAGAGGGUGGAGCCUUCAGCUCCUAUGGCCCCUCCCACUCUGAACCAACCCUCUCCACCUCUUCAGACAGCACAGGAGAGCCACACCAAACAACCCUGUGAAGUACGAGCCCUGUGCCACCACAUAGCCACGGAGCCUGACCAGCUGAGUUUCCAGAAAGGGGACGUACUGAGGGUCCUGAGCCGGGCCGACUCCGACUGGCUCCUCUGCUCCCUGGGGGCCCAGCGGGGCCUGGUGCCUUUCAUCUAUGUUACCCUGAGGGGCAUGGAGGACAGUCAGGUGCCCCAAUGGCCUCAGGGACCACACUGACCUGACAGACUCAACUAGGGUUCCAAAAUUCUGUUUUUUCAGAAAUCACUGUUGGGAGAUUCCUGGAAUCAAGAGGUAAUAAGGAGGAAAUAUGUGAUUCCUCCAACCGGGAUUUCUGGUAAACCUAGGGAUUUUGGGAAAGUUAGUCUGAACCGAGGGGCCACCGAUUUUGCAACCCUAGCCCGAACCGAGGGGCCACAUUAAGGAAGGGAGAGUGGGGAAAGGAGGAAAUGACUCAGAGGACCAAAUAUGGACACAGUAUAUAUUCACUGGGUGGAUAUAAGACGAUGGAUACUCAUGGAGGAUGCUGAUAUGACUGAUAUGACUGGUUUAAAGUGUAAUUAUUGUACUGUGGGAUGAAACACAGACAGAUACAGACACACACACACACACAAACACACAAACACAGAGAUGUAAACAUGCAUGUAUGUACAUAUACAUAUACACACAGGCGCGAACAAACAGACUUUUCUACGCAUGCAUCUACACUAAACUCAUGCAUGCAUACAUUCAGACUAUACUCACACGCACGCACACACACACACACACAC